AUGCUAAGAGCAGCCAUCAGCGCUAAACAGGGCGGCAAACAGGAAGUGACCGACAAGGCUUUGCGUAUCACUGUUAAUUCCCAUGUUCUUUUGCUGUUUACCGAAGCAACCAAUUGCCCAUGAUUGACUUUCAGGGACAUAUAAGACAUCACGCCCGGCUUCUCCCAUACAUGCGCCAACUCGCGAAGUAUAAGACCUCGAAGCGCCUCGCCAGAACUCCAUAAGCUUGGGAAUCUCACCAGAGGUUUCUCUACUAUCUCAUUUUGUUUUCACUCUGCCUUGGUGCAAGAUCUGGCUAGUGACAUUGGUUAAGGAUUGCCCGUUUUACCCUCUCUUCCUGCCCAUGUCAUUAGCACGACACGAUGCCAGCGGCUGAUCUCAUAAGCAACCAACAACCCAUAGCACCAGCUACCCCCUCUUUCCAGAGUCCGUCGGGUGCAGGAACCGGGAGAGGCAGACAGCUCAAAUUUCCAAUUGUCUCGCCCAAGGCAAGACCCACAGUACGAGAGCCGUCCAAAACAGGAGGAAGUGUCGCUGGCACUUUCUUUGCAAACAAAGGCUGUCACCUUCCAAUAAACGGCCGGAACAUCUUUACGACCUGCAGCGCUGAAGACAGACGCGACUUCCUCGUUACACGGGGAAUCACCAACAACCCAGCUUCGACACCUGACACGCAAAAGAUGCAGUGGUUUGUCCUUAUUCCCUAUAUCAACAGGCCUUGUCGGGGUUACGGCUUCGUGAGCACGUCAGAAACACCCGAGUAUUCGAGCGACGAGUACCAGACCGCCUUUAGCUUCGACCGUCUUGGUAUCAUGAACCACUUUGAAGUUGUGAAAUCUCUUCUCUCGUCUAUAUUUAGCCUGUUCGCCACCUUCUCGAUCUUCGACGGCAAACAGACUAGCCACGAUAACUCGGAAAAUAGGCAGGGCUUGCCAGUUGACGAACAUGGACCUUCACAUUUGUCCAAGCCUCCACAAGUUCCAACAGUAACCGCGGGCUAUUCUACAAGCCCUAGUUGUGAAGACUUGUCCAGCGACGGGAUCGGAAGCGCCUAUGGUGAGCUGCGACUCGGCCUGGACAGAGAGGUGAACGAUUAUAACACCCUCGACGAACAGGAGCUGGAAGAGGAGGGUUAUUGGACAUGGGAUCAAACCCGACAGCAAUUCGUUCAUCGAGAUCCCGAAACAGGAGAGGAUGUGUUAUUUCCAGAGUCAUUCGAUUAGAGAACACCUGGUAUUCCCUCAGGAUAGGUAGUUUCAUUUAUGCCAGACGAUUUUAGUUAAUGCUAAUGCACACUCUGAUUAUGGCAAACCAAGACCGCGUAA